AUGCAAGACAAGGAGGGCAUCCCACCGGACCAGCAGCGCCUCAUCUUCGCUGGAAAGCAGCUUGAGGACGGCAGAACCCUUGCCGACUACAACAUUCAGAAGGAGUCGACUCUGCACCUUGUCCUCCGCCUGCGUGGUGGAGCCAAGAAGAGGAAGAAGAAGACCUACACCAAACCGAAGAAGAUCAAGCACAAGAAGAAGAAGGUCAAGCUCCCCGUGCUCCAGUUCUACAAAAUCGAUGACUCCGGCAAGGUCCAGAGGCUGAGGAAGGAGUGCCCUAAUGCUGAGUGUGGUGCAGGGACGUUCAUGGCGAAUCAUUUUGACAGGCACUAUUGUGGCAAGUGUGGGCUGACCUAUGUUUAUCAGAAAGCUGGGGCUAUCCGUGGUCUGGAGAUUGUGUCUGAGGUGCCCCUGCUUUGUUCUGUUAUUGAAGUUAGAUUUGUGGGCUUGCGUGGUUCCUCGGAUGAGCUAGCAACAUUUGUUCGCAGCAGUCGGGGAACUUCUCACAAACUG